AUGUCGGCUGGACAUAGAGCUAUCGUUAGAGAUCGUAUGUAUCUGAGGCAAGUGCCACGUCCUCGUGUUUUUCGCGAUAGGAGUAACCCUCUGGAGGACCUAAGGGAAAAGGAGAUAUUUGCUCGCUAUUAUUUCCGGCCGGAUACGAUCUACUUCAUUGUUGAUUUAUGCCAGGCAGCUGCCCGGGACACAGGCAGGUCUUUCGCAAUACCUUUAGUGUUGUGCGUUUUAAGCUACCUGCGGUUUUUGGCAACAGGAGCUUUCCAGUUGACUGUCGUUGACACUGUCAACCUGAGCCAGCCCACAGUAAGCAGAGUUUGCCGCCAGGUUGGACAGGUGCUUUCUGCUCUUGCAGACCGGUAUAUCUGCUUCCCCUCCGGUGAUCGUGUCCGUCAAGUGAAGCAGCAGUUCGGUGCCAUGGCUGGUCAAGUGUACGAGAGCAACAAGGAACCAUUCAAAUGUAUUCCUGAGGCGUUCUGUAAUACAACCUGCCUAACAUUAAACGGGAAGGAGUAUAAGGAAGGGGAGAGAAUCCUGGAUUCAACCAUAUGUAGAAUGGACUGCGAAGUCUGCUACUGUGACCAGCACCAGGUGAAGCGUACCGGCGUCUGCACAGGCACCCCGCCACCGGUAAGUAGCACCGUCACCUCCUCGGUAACCGUCUCCCCACCAAUCUUCACUGCCUCCCCGGCCGUCCCCACCAUGACAGCCAAGUGUGUCCAGAAUGGUCACACAGCCUGGAUGAGCGUAUCAGUCCCGACGCCCUACAACCAGGGUGACGUUGAUUCCAUCAGAAACCUCCGAAGUCAAUACACAUUCUGUGACGCCAGUCAGAUGACAGCUAUCGAAUGCCGUGUCGUUGGAACAACAACAUCAUCUGCUGCUGCUGGGCAACGCGUGUUUUGUGACCUGAGGAACGGGCUGAAGUGUUACCAUAGCGAGCAGAAUCCGGGAGAACAAUGCCAUAAUUACGAAGUCAGGGUCACUUGUGACUGCAGUCUGCCACACACCACCACUGUUGCUCCAAACACGCUUCCCACAGGCUCCCCAACCCCUCGGCGAAUGGACUUGGGCAUAUCCACCACCACACUUCAUCCAAACCAAACCUUUGUCACGCCUCCUAAGCUUCCCUCGCCAUCAACCGAGUGUAAAGAGCCCGGAUGGACAAACUGGAUGAACAGCGUGAAACCUGUGGACGGGAAUGACAUAGAAUUCCUACCCGGUCUUGUCAAGAGCUUUGGAUUCUGUCGGGAAGACCAGAUCGCCUAUACUCAAUGCCGACGAGUUUCAGACAAACUGAGUUUUGAUGACACCGAAGACCUUCAGACCGUGUGUAGUACUAAGGCUGGUUUUGCCUGUUAUGGUUCAAACCAACCCGACGGCCGAUGUGACGACUAUGAAUUCAGGGUUUACUGCCAAUGUGAAAACAGCGUGUGUGACAAGCAGCUCAUCAGUGAUGUUCGGUCAGUGGGCGACACACAGUUCACGGCAUCGACUUCUGUUAGCAGCUCAACUGCCGCCAUGGCGCGCCUGGACAGCGUGAGCGGAUGGCGGGCGGCUUCCGGCGACAGAACACCCUGGGUGCAGGUCAACUUUCAGGAGCCCGUCACCGUUGCCGGCGUCAUUACACAGGCUGUAAAGGACGGAUCGGCGUACACCUCCAAGUAUACACUAUCCUACGGUAGUUUCAACUGCUCCAACUUCCAGAUCUACACCGGCACCGACGGGAAACCAAUGGUUUUCGAGGGUAACACAGGAGGCUCCGGUGAUGUUCAACAUAUUUUGCUUGAAGAGAUAAGGGCUGUAUGUGUGAGGUUAAGUCCAACUGAAUUUACCAGCGCUCCAGCCCUGAGAUUUGAUAUCCUUGGAUGCCGCAAACACAUUCCCUUAACGCCUUUAACCACAACCACUCUCAUGCCUACUCCAAGUGGACAUGUCACCGGUGUCACUACCGUGAGCAGCAACAAAACCACGCCCAUGCCCUUCAUCUGCGUUCCUGGAUGGACACCGUUCAUAAGCGUUGACACGCCCGGAGCUCUUAACACCUGGGAAAAGAGCGGACCGGGUGACACUGAACCAAUUACCGAACUCCGGAAUCUGUACGGCUUCUGUGCCUACCCAACCGGUAUCCAGUGUAGGACUAAGUUCGAUAAACUUCCGUACACGAUGUCCCUCGAUUUCGAUACUGUCUGCAACCUUGAGAAAGGAUUCGAAUGUCUGAAUUCUGCACAGGAUGGCAUGGAAUGUGGAGACUAUGAAGUCAGCUUUCAGUGCGACUGUGGAACAACCUCGCAAAUCCCAACGACAAUUUCAAAUGUAACUGGUACACCAUCGCCUCCAAAACCCGCUUGCGGAUGGACUAAUUUCAUAAACAGCUAUCCUAGAACACCGACAAGUACUGGCGACUACGAAACGAUUCAUAACGUUAGGAUGAAGUAUGAGUUCUGCGAGUUCCCCGUGCGAAUCGAAUGCAGGGAUACGGAAACGAAAAAAGACUAUAGGACUAUCAGUCAGGCAGGUGUAUCUUGUGAUGUCAACCGGGGUCUUGUCUGUGAAGACAACGGUCAAUCUGGAGGAAAAUGCAAGGAUUAUGAAGUAAGACUGUACUGUGUUGAUGCAUGCAGUUCCACAAUAAAUCCGACAGGACAUGCAACUGGUACGACGACUCUCACUCCACCUGGCCAGUCAUCCCGUACACCAACCUUGACGUCACCAGGCCACGGCAACGGUACACCAACAUUGGUGCCGACAGACAAAGCAAACAGAACACCAUCCAUGACUACAGCAGGCAAGGUCACCGCCACACCGACCCUGAAGCCACCAGGCCAAAGCACCGAUACGCCGACAUACACACCGCCCGGCCAGUCCUCAGGAACACCAACUCUGGCACCACCAGGCAAGACCACGGGAAUACAAACCUUGACACCGACAGGAAAAACCAGUGGUACACCAACCCUAACGAAACCUCGCCAAGGCACCGAUAUUCCAACACUGACACCAACAGACCAAGUCACCGGAACACCAACAUUGACGCCAACAGGCAAUAUCAUUGGCACACCAACAAUGACACCACCAAGCAAAGCCACCGACACAACUACCCUGACGCCACCAGGCCAGCGCAUCGGUACACCAACAUUGACGCCAACAUACAAAAUCAACGGCACACCAACAAUGACGCCAACAGGCCAGCACACCGGUUCGCCAACACUGACGACAACAGGCAAAGUCAACGGCACACCAACAAUGACGACAACAGGCAAAGCCACCGACACAACUACCCUGACGCCACCUGGCCAGCGCACCAGUACACCAACACUGACGACAACAGGCAAAGUCAACGGCACACCAACAAUGACGCCACCAGACCAGGGCACCGAUACGACGACUCUCACACCACCCGGCAUCUCGUCCAGAACACCAACCCUGACACCACCACGCAUGUCGUCCGGAACACCAACCCUGACACCAACAGGCAAAGCCAAUGGCACAGCAACAAUGACACCACCAGGCACCCACACUGACACACCUACCCUGACACCACCAAGCAAGGCCACCGAUACACCGUCUCUCAAACCUACAUCAGGCCAGACCACAGGAACACAAACACUAACGCCAACAGGCAAAGCCAGUGAUACACCGACAAUGAAACCACCAGGCAAAGUCACCGGCACACCGACCCUGACACAACCAGGCCAGGGCACUGCUACGCCGACUCUAAAACCACCCGGCCAGUCAUCUGGAACUCCAACCCUUACAUCACCAGGCAAGGCCACAGGAACACCAACCUUGAUAUCACAAGGAAUAGCCACCGGUAAACAAACAGUGACGCCGACCCUAAUACCACAAAGCAAAGCCAGUGGUACACCUACUCUUACGCCACCUGGCCUAGUCAAUGGUACAACACUGUCACUAACAAGCCAAGCCCCCGGUUCGUCAACCCUUAAGCCACCUGGCAAAAUCACCAAUACACCUACUCUUGCGCCACCAGGUCAAGCCAAAGGUACGCCAACCUCUAUAUCACAAGGCAUAGCCACCGGUACACCAACAGUGACGCCACCAGAAAAAGCCAAUGGCACACCGACCCUAAUACCACAAAGCCAAGCCACCGGUACACCUACUCUUACGCCACCUGGUACACAAACACUGUCACCAACAGGCCAAGUCCGUGGUUCUACUGGUACGCCUUCUCUAACCCCGACAAGCCAAGUCACCCGCAUACCGACCCUGACACCACCAGAACAUGACACGGGUACACCAACCCUGACAACACCUACCAUUACGCCUACACUUUCCGGUCCACCAAUUCCCCCGGGAACCGGUACCCCAACAUUUACACCACCGUCCAUAAUUUGCAAGGAAGGCUGGACGGACUGGAUUAAUUUGGGGAAUCCAGCAAAAUCUGAAGGAGACUUCGAAACUUACAAAAACAUUCAAGGUUAUCCAAAUACCUGUGAGGAAGUCGUGGCCGCGGAGUGUCAGAUCGCAUCUACCGGUCAAAACUAUAUGUACUCAGGCCAGGCUGUGUCUUGUAGUCCAGAAGGCUUAAUGUGUGAGGACGGGCCAUCCCAGAAGUGUGUCGACUACAAGAUUAAGUUCUUCUGCUCAUGUCCCUUAGAGAGGACAACUCCUCGUGUCACCACCAUCGUUAAGCCUCCCCCAGGCGUGGGCAGUGUUACACCCACAAUGACCCCGCCAGGCGUGAGCAGUGGUACACCCACAAUGACCCCGCCAGGCGUUGGCAGUGGUACACCCACAAUGACCCCGCCAGGCGUGGGCAGUGGUUCACCUACAAUGACCCCGCCAUCACAGAAAACUGGUGUACCGACAAUGACUCCCCCAAGCGUAACCGGUGUCCCAGGGACGACGGGACAUUACAACUGCACACAAGGUUGGACUUCCGCUAUGAGCGUCACCACUUCUGCCAUUACCGGGGACGAAUUAGAGACAAUCAGUGACUUGAGGAGAAGAUACGAGUUUUGUGACGACGAGAUGAUUGUGUCAAUAAGGUGCGCCGAUCUGAUCUCCGAAAAGACCGCCGAAGAGUUGGGUCAAAAGGUCACGUGUGACAUGACCCAAGGCCUCAUCUGUAAGGGUGCAGACCAGGCCGGUGGCAAGUGUGCGGACUACACGGUGCAGCUUUACUGCGACUGUGAAGCCCCCUUGAUGACCACUACCUUAGCUCCUCCAAUUAUACCAGGCGGUACCCCAGAGCUUCGUCCACCAUACCACGAGCAAGUCACGCCAACACUGAAGCCUAACUUGCACCCAGGAGAGAGCCCAGUCACGCCCCGAAAAUCAUGUGAUAUGCCCCUUGGAGUAACAGACAGGCAGAUCGUGUCAGAUAGCCAACUUUCAGCUUCGACUUCCUUCAAUUUUAGCUACGAAGCAACUAAUGGUCGUCUGAUGCAGCAACCUUCAGGAACGAACGGAGGAGCGUGGAUGCCAAGAUUCUUCGAUACUCAACAAUUCAUUCAAGUGGACUUCGGUCACCCCGAAAAAAUAUCCGGAGUGGUAACACAAGGACGACAGGACACUGACCAAUGGGUGGAAUCAUUCCUGAUUGAGACCAGUCUUGACGGUAUUCACUGGUACAAGUACGUGGACCGCGAUUCCAAGAAAGCCUACACCAUAUUCCCUGCAAACUUUGACCGCAACACGGCCGUCAAGUCUUUCUUCGACCGUGAGGUAGACGCCCAAUACUUGCGCAUCGUACCAAUGACAUGGAAAGGCAAGAUUGCCCUUCGUUUUGACGUGCUGUCUUGUUAUGGUCGGUCAAAAACGCAGCCUCCGGGCCAUUACACGACGGAGAGGCCAACAGUCACCACGCCAACCUCAGUUGAACCAACACCCCCUCCUUUGUGCUUGGAGCCCAUGGGUAUCGACAACCCGAUGCUCGUAAAAGACGGUCAGCUUACCUCUAGCUCUAACCUUGACUCGAUGCACGGUGCGGCUGCUGGCAGAUUAUAUAACGAGUUUACUGGAUGGGCCCCUGUUUCGACUUCCGGUAAGCAGUGGCUACAGGUAGAUCUACUAGAGCCCCGCUAUGUUUCCGGUAUCCUCACUCAGGGCAUCCCAGACAAGGACAUGUGGAGUGUACAAUAUGUUGUCUCCUUCUCCAAUGAUGGCAAUACCUUCACUGCUUACUCGGAGAAGAAUGGUGGACUCCCUAUGGUGUUUAAUGCCAACAACGAUCGUAACUCCAUCGUCAAGAUGAUGUUCAAUCGAAACAUUGUUGGACGAUAUGUCCGAGUCACACCUAUUGAAGGAGGCUGGGCGGGUAUCGGUCUGAGGUUUAACCUGAUUGGCUGCUUUAACAUAUCUACUACGGCACCGCCCAUGACAUCCCAGACAGUGGUACCACCUACUCCGUCAUUCGUCCUCCCCAACAUGACAACACCUAUUAUCAUACCUCCAACACAGAUUCCCCUAGUGUGUACCAUCCCCAUGGGUAUUGGCAACCGGUACACCAUCGGAGCCAAUCAGAUCUCAGCUUCCUCCAGCCUCGAUAUCGAGCCGAUAUCUUCUUGGUCUUCAGGAAUCAAGUUGCCAUGGACACCUGUGCCCACGGAUCCCCACCCGUAUGUCCAAGUAGACUUCUUGGAGCCUAAAGCUCUCUCUGGCGUGCUCAUUCAAGGCAGCCCGUACAAGUCUGAAUGGGUAACAUCCUACCAAGUUUACACCAGCUUAGAUGGCAAUACUUGGACACCAUACUCCGACAUUCUGAAUGCUAAAAUACCUACGACUUUCAAAGGCAACAAGGAUAACACUGGACAGGUUACUAAUUUGUUCAACAGGAACAUCUAUGGUAGAUUCAUAAGGCUCUACGCAAUCAGUUUCCACACAGCUGCUACCCUGAUCUUUGAGGUCUUCGGAUGUAAUCCAUCAGAGGCUGUCAACAUGACAACAACAGAGUCUCCAAGCGGUGUCAGCACACUUACACCCACUGUGUCCCCGCCAGCGGGCUCCAAGAACACCCCGACCAUAACUCCACCUUCACGGACUGGUACCCAAACCACACAAGGCUUUGGAAAGACUGUGUCAUUUACAACUCAAACCUACGUGGCUCCCCCAACAGUGUGUCUGACGCCAAUGGGUCUUGAGUACACCCGAACCGUGUUUGAUCGUCAGAUCACUUCCUCUUCAAAAAUAAAUGAGCACACUGGGGCUUCACAAGGCAGACUACACAGUAACUCUAGCUGGAUACCUAGUAUAAACGACUCAUCUCCAUGGAUCCAAGUCAACUUUGAAAAUACAAAACUUCUGAGCGGUAUUUUGACACAGGGAGAAAACGGAGGGCAAAGAUGGGUCACCAAAUACACAGUGGAUUUCAGCAUGGACGGCAAAACCUUCUAUCCAUACACCCUCCUUCUUGGCGACUCCAAACCCGUUGUGUUUAGUGGUAACAACGACAGCAACUCACUGGUUAGACAGCUUUUCAACAGGAACGUCACAGCGCAGUACAUCCGUAUUCAUCCUAAAGAAUGGCACGGAAAUGCAGCAGCUAUUCGGUUCAACAUCAUCGGUUGCAACCCAGACAGUCCACAGACACCAAUAGUAACGACUCCAAGUCCCUCUGUCACCCCACCAACCAACGGAACAGGUGUCGGAACCACGACCGUGUACGAGCAUAUCAGUACCAUCUCGGGAAUGGUUAUGUUCCCGCCUUCACUUUGUACAGUACCAAUGGGGGUUGCAAACACUCUGAUUGUUAAAGAUCAACAGUUGAGUGCCUCAUCAUCCAAGGAUAUGUUUAGUGGCGCCGAGAGGUCGCGAUUUGAUGCCCAGAAGGAUGGUAGUUUCUACGGUGGCUGGGUUGCAGGAGAAAGUAACAAGAAGCAGUACAUCCAAGUGGAUUUUCUGGCACCAUACUACGUUGGCGGAAUUAAGACUGAAGGACGCUCGGACAAAGACCAAUGGGUUACGAAGUACGAGAUCUAUUACAGCACGGAUGGGAAACACUAUAGUGCCCUGCCCAAGUCCUACCUGGAUAGCUCGCCAAUGGUGUUUUCCGGAAAUAAGGACUCCGGCACGCCUGUUACAAACUUGUUUAACCUCGUUGCCGCACGAUGGAUCAGAAUCCACCCAGUCGAAUGGCACAACGCCAUUGCUGUGAGAUUUGAGGUUCUGGGCUGCAUGUCUCCGUCGCGAUCACACCUUUCGACCACCGCCCUUCCCACCACUCCUACUUCUCAAAUGGCUGUAACUGGUUCCCGCCCACUUGGUACCGGUUCCACCACCGGCACAACGCCAGCGUCUAGUGUUAGCCCAACCGCCUGUGCAUACUGGACACCUUGGGUGAGCGCCAGCAAGCCAGACAAGGAGGGGGAAUACGAAUCAGCCUGGCAGUUGAAACAGCUUAUUACUUUCUGCGACUACCAGUACGUCCAACAGACCGAGUGUAGGACCACAGGUACGCACAUCCCGUUCGAUCAGACUGGCGAGAAUGGUGUGAUUUGCAACAAUGACUUGAAGGGCCUUCUUUGUUACGCCAAGAACCAAACCGACGGCAGUUGUCUCGAUUAUGAAAUCCGAGUCUUCUGUGACGAAUGUGCAUCUACACCAGCUGUUACAACAGCGGCUCCAAAGACGUGCAACCCACGCUGGCUACCUUGGAUUAACAACAUGACACCAACAACCGAUAUGAGCUACGUCGAGCACGAGUUCAUGAGCCUACAGAAACAACAAGAACUUUGCUUCGAUGGCAAAAUCACUCGAAUUGAAUGUCAAACAAUAUAUGGAGUGAGCUUCCACAGUGCUGGGACCGUGGGCUCUACCUGUGAGAUUCUUAGCGGACUUACCUGCAAGAAUAGCGACAACUAUCCUGUUCCAUGUGAUGACUACCAGGUCCGAUACUACUGCGACUGUGCACCGGCACCAACACUCCAUCCAACAGGCUUUGCAACUGGAACCCCGACAAUAACACCACCUGGUUAUACAGGCACUGGCAUUCCGACACAGACAACUGGCGGUAACAACAACGGCACUCCAACCUUAACACCACCAGGUUAUACGGGCACAGGUACUCCGACAAUAACUCCUCCUGGCUACACAGGAACUGGCACUCCGACAAUCACUCCUCCUGGCUACACCGGAACUGGCACUCCGACAAUCACUCCCCCUGGCUACACAGGAACUGGCACUCCGACAAUAACUCCUCCUGGCUACACCGGAACUGGCACUCCGACAAUAACUCCCCCUGGCUACACAGGAACUGGCACUCCAACAAUCACUCCCCCUGGUUACACAGGAACUGGCACUCCGACGAUAUCUCCUCCUGGCUACACCGGGACUGGCACUCCGACAAUCACUCAUCCUGACUACAUCGGAACUGGUACUCCGACAAUAACUCCCCCUGGCUACACAGGAACUGGAACUACAACAAUGACUCCUCCUGGCUACACCGGAACUGGCACACCGACAAUUACUCCUCCUGGCUACACCGGAACUGGCACACCGACUAUCACUCCCCCUGGCUACACAGGAACUGGCACUCCGACUAUCACUCCCCCUAGUUACACCGGAACUGGCACUCCGACAAUCACUCCACCUGGCUACAAUGGAACUGGCACACCGACUAUCACUCCCCCUGGCUACACCGCAACUGGCACUCCGAUAAUCACUUCCCCUGGAUACAAUGGAACUGGCACUCCGACAAUCACUCCUCCUGGCUACACCGGAACAGGCACUCCGACUAUCACUCCCCAAGGCUACACUGGAACUGGCACUCCGACAAUCACUCCCCCUGGCUACACAGGAACUGGCACUCCAACAAUCACUCCUCCUGGCUACACCGGAACUGGCACUCCAACAAUCACUCCCCCUGGCUACACAGGAACUGGCACACCGACAAUCACUCCUCCUGGCUACACCGGAACUGGCACUCCGACAAUCACUCCCCCUGGCUACACAGGAACGGGCACAACGACAAUCACUCCUCCUGGCUACACCGGAACUGGCACUUCGACAAUCACUCCCCAUGGCUACACAGGAACGGGCACACCGACAAUCACUCCCCCUGGCUACACAGGAACUGGCACACCGACAAUCACUCCCCCUGGAAACAAUGGAACUGGCACUCCGACAAUAACUCCUCCUGGCUACACCGGAACUGGCACUCCGACACAGAAACCUGGCGGUAAUGACAACGGCACUCCAACCUUAACACCACCAGGUUAUACAGGCACAGGUAUUCCGACAAUCACUCCUCCUGGCUACACCGGAACUGGCACUCCGACAAUCACACCCCCUGGCUACACCGGAACUGGCACUCCGACAAUCACUCCUCCUGGCUACACCGGAACUGGCACACCGACAAUCACUCCCCCUGGCUACACAGGAACUGGCACUCCUACAAUCACUCCUCCAGGCUACACUGGAACUGGCUCUCCGACAAUCACUCCCCCUGGCUACACUGGAACUGGAACUCCGACAAUAACACCACCUGGUUAUACUGGCACUGGCACUCCAACACAGAAACCUGGCGGUAACAACAACGGCACUCCAACUUUAACACCACCAGGUUAUACGGGCACAGGUACUCCGACAAUCACUCCUCCUGGCUUCACCGGAACUGGCUCUCCAACAGGCUAUUCUGGUACAGGAGUUCCAACUGUUUCUCCAACAGGCCAUUCAGGAGGGACGCCAACACUCACACCAACUACUUGUGCUAUUGUCAGUAAAUGGUCAUCUUGGGUCAACCGCCAUACACCGGAUGCGACUACAGAUGAAAUCGAGAGCAUGACAGCUGCUGAAAAAUUAACAUUCUGUGGCUUAGGAAAGAUUAUUGCUGUUGAGUGUAAAACUAUCCAUAACAUACCAAGUUACAGUACGGGAGACUUUGGUAUUAAGUGUGACAUAACCAAUGGUGCCACGUGUGAAGCCUUGGAUAACUUCCCUAUUGGUUGCCAAGACUACAUGAUUAGAUACCAAUGUCAAGAGCAAAUUUGUGGUGGUAACCAAACCACCGAUGGUACCGGAACCGGAACGUUCAGUCCAAAGGUACCCGGUCAGAACACGCCGACGGUGACACCACCCGGCGGAAGCACAGCCACACCCACUGCGGUCCCCACUACCGUCUGUGCCACAACAACACGCUGGAGCAGUUGGAUGAAUCGGGACAAACCGACCACAGGAGAAGGGGAUAAGGAGGUAAUGACCGGUGAAGAAAAACAGAAGUUCUGUCCAAGUGGCGCGAUUGCGACAGUGGAAUGUGCUUCAAUCGAUGGUGUACCGUCUUACCAGAGUAUGGACAUAGUGGACUGUAACCCGAUUACUGGAGUCUUCUGUGAUAACAGUGUGAAUAUGGGAAUGUGUUCAGACUACAUGAUUCGGUACCAGUGUGAGGAGACAACAUGUACAGGACCUACCCUGCCACCAACUACACAGAGCCAGUCCACACUCACUACUCCACAGUUCUCUCGCACAACCACAUCUCCAGGACAAGGCGGGAAACUGACAACGUAUACACAUAAAGGGACAAUGCAUACAGGAACGGUAUCCACUUUCAAACCGCCAAAGUUUGCCUCGUCUACAGCCCACCCAAACACGUCUGGAAACAAAACACCAACACAGUCACCGUCGUUGAUAUGUGAAACAAAAAAGCGUUGGUCUAUGUGGAUUGACAGAAGAACACCUGGAAUCAAUGCGACUGGUGAUCACGAAUACAUGACAACCACGGAGCUCCAACGAUUUUGCGCUAGAGGAACAAUUAGUGGUGUUGAAUGCCAAACCUUUGAUGGUACCAAUUUCGAUAAAACUCCAGACUUUGUGACUUGCACCAUGGAAAACGGUCUUAUAUGUGACGGGGCAGAGAACUUUCCGAUAACCUGCAUGGACUAUAAAAUGCGAUAUGAAUGCAUAGAAGAAAUAUGUCAAACGCCAACUGGCCUUCCUACAAGUGCUGCAGGUACACCAACAGCCCAUCCAUCGAGUGUCACUGGAGGUGUUCCAACUGUAAGACCAUCUGGAUCCUAUACAGGAACCACGACAUUGCAACCACCAGGUCUAACGGGUGAGCCAACGGCCAAUCCCCAAAUAGCAACAGGCGGAGUUCCCACUGAAACCCCUAAGCGUUCUAACACUGAAAUCCCAACAAUGCACCCAACGGGGGUUUCCGGAGAGCCAACAGCCCUUCCACCGAAUUCAUCAGGCGGGGUACCCACUCUUACCCCUAAGGAAUCUAACACUGGAACUCCAACAAUGCACCCUACGGGAGUUUCCGGUGAGCCAACGGACCAUCCACCGAAUUCAUCAGGCGGAGUACCCACUCUUAACCCUAAGGAAUCUAACACUGGUACUCCAACAAUGCACCCAACGGGAGUUUCCGGUGAGCCAACGGCCCUUUUACCGAAUUCAUCAGGCGGGGUACCCACUCUUACCCCUAAGGAAUCUAACACUGGUACUCCAACAAUGCACCCUACGGGAAUUUCCGGUGAGCCAACAGCCCUUCCACCGAAUUCAUCAGGCGGAGUACCCACUCUUACCCCUAAGGAAUCUAACACUGGUACUCCAACAAUGCACCCUACGGAAAUUUCCGGUGAGCCAACGGCCCUUCCACCGAAUUCAUCAGGCGGGGUACCCACUCUUACCCCUAAGGAAUCUAACACUGGAACUCCAACAAUGCACCCAAUGGGAGUUUCCGGUGAGCCAACGGACCAUCCACCGAAUUCAUCAGGCGGGGUACCCACUCUUACCCCUAAAGAAUCUAACACUGGUACUCCAACAAUGCACCCAACGGGAGUUUCCGGUGAGCCAACGGCCCUUCCACCGAAUUCAUCAGGCGGAGUACCCACUCUUACCCCUAAAGAAUCUAACACUGGUACUCGAACAAUGCACCCUACGGGAAUUUCCGGUGAGCCAACGGCCCUUCCACCGAAAUCAUCAGGCGGGGUACCCACUCUUACCCCUAAAGAAUCUAACACUGGAACUUCAACAAUGCACCCUACUGGAGUUUCUGGUGAACCAACGGCCCAUCUAUCAACCGGCCGUACUAGUAUACCAUCCGUCAAUCGCUGUACACAGAGUCAUUGGAGCUCAUGGAUUAACCGAGAUAACCCUAACAUUGGUGUCGGCGACUACGAAAGUAUGACUGACAAAGAGAAGGCUGAUUUCUGUAUUGGUGGCAAUAUCAAGAGUAUUGAGUGCGUCACAACCGACGGGGUUGCUUCCUACAGCUCCGGAGAAAUAAUGUCAUGUACGCUUCUUAACGGAUUUUCUUGCAACAAUCAACAUAAUGCUCCGGUCCCUUGCAGUGACUACAAAAUCCGAUACUUCUGCCUGUGUGAAGGUAUGUUCACAUUCGUUGUUAAACCCACAUCUACCAUUCCGUUUAACGGUACGCUACCCCCGACCCUGCAUCUGACAUGCGGCUGGUCUCCGUGGCUAAAUGGUGAUAGACCAAAUUUCGGAUCCGCAGAUGCAGGCGACCUUGAAACAAUAGGGUCUCUUAAAACCAAGUUUGGUCUCUGCAAGAAUAUCGUUGACAUUUCAUGCCGGGUUGCUGGUACGGACACACUGGCUGAUGCUGCAGGACAGACGGAGGUGCUUUGUGAUUCGGUGAAUGGACUGCGUUGCUACAACAGAGACCAGCAGGGAGGAAUGUGCUACGACUACGAGGUCAGUGUGCUCUGCUGGGCUGCUGAAUGUUCCCAACAGGUCACUCCAACAUUAGUGACGGGAGCCAAUAGAACCACUGUAUCACAAUUUACAGUCGUAUGCCCACCUGGCGAGGUCUGGGAAUCAUGUGCACAGAACUGCAGCGAUCUCUGUGAAAGUUACGCCCAGUCGACCGGCCUGUGUAACUCGGAAAAUCCGUGCGUACCAAUGUGCAGGAACCCAAUCGUUAAGCAUAAAUGCGCCCUCGGUGAACUGCUUAAGGACAAGAAUACUUGUGUGGCAAAGCAGAUGUGUCCUUGCAUCAAACCGGACGGUUCCGUUGCGCAGGCAUACGAGACAUGGCCUAGCCCUACCGACAACUGCUCCCUGUGUCAGUGUUCGAACAAUGAGAUCAACUGCAAAACAUAUGAAAACUGUUAUGCCAUACCCCAGGCAACAACAACUACACUUAUACCACCCAUGUUGAACGGCAGCAUCCCUACUAUCCGGCCAAUUAUUACAUAUCCCGAUUGCGGCUGGACUGCUUGGAUCAACAGCGACAGACCAUCGUAUGGAAAUGGCGAUUUUGAGAUUAUCUCCAAUAUCCGCCGUUUACACCAUUUCUGUGUUAGUCCUCUUCUUAUUGAGUGCAGGGAUAUUCGUACCCACACCGCCGUGAAAGACGGGUCUCAGAAGGUCUCCUGUGAUGUUACAACUGGAUUGAAGUGCUUGAACACGGACAAUGCGGGAGGAUGUAACGACUAUGAAAUCAGAUUCUUUUGUCCAUGCGUUUCGACAACAGUUUCACCCAACCCAGGUUCGAAUAGAACUCCAACACAGCAUCCGAUAAGCGCCUCAACCGGCUUUCCUAGUGAGAAACCAAAUAGAAACUUCAACAAAACAACAACAAAACAACCCAUGAGCGUAUCUGGUGGAACUCCAACACUGAAACCAACGAUGAAUAAUACUACUACCAACAGUCAUUCAACAAAACAACCAGUGCAUAGUGGAGUUACACCGACAAUGUCACCAACGGCACCAGGCGUUGGUGUAUCUACUGCUGGACCAGUCCUUUGCGGUUGGACGACUUGGAUGGACGGGCAUAAGCCUGAUGCUUCCACAGGCGAAUCUGAAACGUUUUCAGAACUGAGAACUAUAUACCAGUUCUGCAAAGACAUUGAUAUCCAGGGCAUUGAAUGUAGGGUAAAAGAUACGCAUGCAAUGAUCAAUCAAACAGACAAAGUUAAUGUCAUGUGUACCAUUGCAUCUGGUGGUUUAAUGUGCUUCGGCUUCGAACAGCCAACAGGCCGGUGCUUGGACUACGAAAUCCGUAUUUUCUGUGAACCAGCGGGACAGGUUUGUUCUGGUACAUCAACUGGCAAACCAUCAGCCGGCAGUUCCAGCCUUACACCAACAUUGCCACCACCUGAGCACACAAACGGCUCCCCAACAAACAAACCACCUGGAAUGUCAGCCAAAUUGCCCACCGCUUUCCCACCGGGAAUGUCAACUAAAUUGCCCACAGCUCACCCACCAAGCAAAUGCGUAGAGAAAUGGUCGCCUUGGAUAAACAGAGACACACAGCCAGACGGAAAGGAGCAUGAACACAUGAAUGCGACAGAAAAGGCGACAUUCUGUGUCGACGGCAGGGUGUCUGGAAUCGAGUGUAUGACCAUCGAUAACAUUGCUAGCUACAGUUCUGGCGAGAUCCUUGAAUGCUCCAUGGAAAAUGGACUUAUCUGUGAGGACGCUGUGAACGCACCAAUUCCAUGCAGUGAUUACAAAGUCAGAUACCACUGUGAAUGUCCAGUUCCCCCAGUCGUUUGUCGUGAGAAAAUGGGAAUGGAAAACGGGCAUAUUGUGACCAACAUGAUCAGUGUCUCCUCAUCUCGAGACGGCAACCUUAACCCAGCCUCUGCCCGACUUAACAGCCACGGCGCAUGGACACCAAACCAUAACGAUCAGAAACAGUAUAUCCAGGUGAACUUCCUGAAGCCCAUGCUGCUGACAGGAAUAAUCACACAGGGACGCGAGAACAGCGGUUCGUAUGUGACAUCAUACAAAGUUCUCUUCUCUAAUGACGGCUUCAUUUGGUCACCAUACCAGGAUUUUGGCCAAGACAAGAAUUUUUCCGGCAACAACAACUCCGGAUCAAUGGCUACCAACUGGUUUGAACAUCCGAUCAGAGGGCAGUACAUUCGAGUUGUGCCGCUCACCUGGAAGGGAGUUAUUGCCAUGAGGAUGGAACUUCUUGGCUGUUACGAAGGUUACCCAAGUGUCACGACCGUACCUCAACCAACUUUCACUCAAUCAGUUGUUACACCAAAUACACCACCGACUGUUUCGAACAGCUGUAUCUUCUGGGAUGUCUGGGUCAAUGAAGGUCAUCUUACUUUGACCUUGGGCGGAGACUCCGAGCCAAUAUCCGCACUCCAAUCCUUGUCUGAACGGUGCACAACUCCAAUCAUGAUUGAUUGCGUCCGGGCCAGCGACGAGCUUCCGUAUGACCAGGCUGGCCAGAAGGUCAAGUGCGAUCUCUGGAAUGGACUACAGUGCUUUAAUGCGGACAAUUCUCCACUGUGCUACGACUACAAGGCUAGAUUAGGUUGCCUGAAGAACACAACAGAAUGUUUGAACUCAGUCAGUACCACUCAACCCGGCACGACGAGCACUGUCAACAAACGGGUUCUCCUGUGCUUCGAAGGUUUGGAUAUCUCCGCCUGUCCCAAGGAUGGCUGUGCAGAUGGACUCUACUGUGAUGGUCGCCAGUGUGUCACCAAGGACAAGUGCCCAUGUUUGGUGGAUGGACAGAUUCUCAUGUCUGGAGGAUUCAAGGAGAGGUCCAACUGUGAAACGUGCCAAUGUAUCGCUGGCGAAGUAAAUUGCGAACCAAAAAAAUGUUCGCCUUGUCUCCAGGGAUUCUCGUUGGUUAUUAACAAGACAACAUGUGAAUGCUCAUGUCGGUCUUGCCCUCCGGGCGAGUUCCGGUGCGGAAAUGGAGAGUGUAUCCCGCAGGAGAGACGAUGUGAUGGAAUCAUCGACUGUAUUGAUGAUGAAGUUGGUUGUGUGUCCACUCCGAUGUUUACACCACCCGUAUACGCGACUGCUACACCAACCCUCCCACCCAAAUCAAUAGGCACUGGCCAACCUACUGCUAUACCACCAGUCAACGGCACAUCACCCACAGCCACGUUUGCCCCAGUUCAGUGCAAUAGUCAAUGGACAUCUUGGAUCAACACGGAUACUCCGGACACAGGCGAUGGAGAUAGGGAGUCCUGGACAGCUGCACAGAAAGCUGCUUUUUGUCCAAACGGAAAGGUUUCCCGUAUCGAGUGCAUGACGUCUGACGGUAUUGCAUCCUACAGCUCCGGUGAAAUCAUGCAGUGUACUGUUGAAGGUGGAGCUGUUUGCCUAACCGCUGACAAUGCACCUAUGCCAUGCAGUGACUUUAAGAUCAGAUACUUCUGCGAUUGCAAUGGUUCGACCAAAUCCAUGCAAGAACAAAUAUCUACUGCAGGCCCUGGUCAGUGUACUAGGGGUUGGUCAUCUUGGAUUAACACAGAUACCCCUGAUAGUGGUGAUGGAGACAGAGAGUCCUGGACAGCAGCCGGGAAAGCUGCCUUCUGUCCAUAUGGCAAGAUAUCCCGUAUCGAAUGCAGGACGAUCGACGACAUCGCAUCUUACAGCUCCGGAGAAAUCAUGCAGUGUACCAUUGAGGAAGGAGCUGUCUGUUUAAACAAUGACAACUUCCCCAUACCGUGCAGUGACUACAAGAUCAAAUAUUUCUGCGAAUGUGCAGUAUCUCCGACGUUGCACCCAACUGGCGCAUCUGGGGGUAUACCGACAGUUACUCCACCUGGCGUAAUAUCACAGACUCCCAACCUUGUUUCUGGUUCGACCACCUCAUUGCCCGGACAAGUGACCACUGGUGCCCCAGUCCAGUGUUCUAGCAACUGGUCAUCGUGGAUCGACACAGACACUCCCGAUAGUGGCGAUGGAGACAGAGAAUCCUGGACAGCUGCCCAGAAAGCUGCAUUCUGCCCAUAUGGCAAGAUAUCCCGUAUCGAGUGCAGGACGAUAGACGACAUCGCAUCUUACAGCUCCGGAGAAAUCAUGCAGUGUACCAUUGAGGAAGGAGCUGUCUGUUUAAACAAUGACAACUUCCCUGUACCGUGCAGUGACUACAAGAUCAAAUACUUCUGCGAAUGUGCUGUGUCUCCGACGUUGCACCCAACUGGCACAUCUGGGGGUAUACCGACAGUUACUCCACCUGGCGUAAAAACACAGACUCCCAACCUUGUUCCUGGUUCGACUACCUCAUUGCAAGGACAAGUGACCACUGGAGCUUCAGUCCAGUGUUCUAGCAACUGGUCAUCGUGGAUAAACACGGACACACCCGAUAGUGGCGAUGGAGACAGAGAAUCCUGGACGGCCGCCCAGACGGCUGCAUUCUGCCCAUAUGGCAAGAUAUCCCGUAUCGAGUGCAGGACGAUCGACGACAUAGCAUCAUACAGUUCGGGAGAAAUAAUGCAGUGUACCAUUGAGGGAGGAGCUGUCUGUUUAAACAAUAACAACUUCCCUGUACCGUGCAGUGACUACAAAAUCAGAUACUACUGUGAAUGCACUGACUCUGGUGCAAGUACUUCAACCAGUCACGGACAAGUGACCACUGGUGCGCCUGUCCAGUGUACUAGCACUUGGUCAUCGUGGAUUAACACGGAUACCCCUUACAGUAACGACGGAGACAGGGAGACUUGGUCGGCCGCCCAAAAAGCUGCUUUCUGUCCGCAUGGCAAUAUUACCCGUAUCGAGUGCAGGACAACGGACGAUAUCGUAUCUUACAGUUCAGGGGAAAUCAUGCAGUGUAGCAUUGAGGGCGGAGCUGUCUGUUUGAAUGAUGAUAACUUCCCUGUACCGUGCAGUGACUACAAGAUCAAAUACUUCUGUGAAUGUACAGCCGAACCAACAUUACCACCACCUAUAGGACAAUCGCCAAGGACAACCACAAUGGGAAUGCCGCCAACUAUCCGAACCACGCACACUCACGGCGGGCCAUCAAUCGUUCCUUGCCUUACGCGGUGGUCAAGGUGGAUUAACCGGGACCAGCCAGACAGUGGAAGAGGUGAUAUUGAGAAGAUGAACGCUCAUGAACUAAAUGUGUUCUGUCCCGAAGGACGUAUCAAGGGUAUCGAAUGUUUUACAGUCAACGGAACCGCGUCUUACAAAAGUGAGGAAAUGUUGUCAUGCUCCAUCAACAACGGAUUUGAAUGUUUAAAUGACAACAACUUUCCAAUUCCAUGCAGUGACUACAAGAUUCGAUACUACUGUGACUGCGAAGUGUCUCCGUUCAUUUCAACCCCACACGGGCCAGUAAUGCAAAACCGAAACACGCCAGUUCCAGCAAUUAAGCCCCCGUGCAUACCGGAGAAGUGUCUUCCGAUGGUGAAGCCAGUUUUGAAAGAAGGGGAGGAGCUUCAGACAGUGAUAGACGCGAACGGGUGCUGCUUCAAGCACAUAGUCGUGUGUAAGCCGAACCUAUGUGCCCCGCCAAUACUCAACUGCCCCGCUCCAAUGUCACUUGAACCAGCCGUUGGAGAGUCUGAUUGCUGUCUUACGUACAGAUGCAUGUGCCCUACCAUUUGUCCAACAACGACGAAACCUGUUUGCAAACCGGACCAAGACGCUGUUGAGAUACAAACAAGAUGUAACUGCACGUUGUUUGCAUGUAUGACGAAAAUUCUCGUGUUUCCGCCACCGGGCCAGAACACGUGUCAAUAUAAACUAGCGGAUAACACGACACAAACAUAUCAGACUGGACAGUCUUGGUCUGACGGCGUCUGUACCCACUGUGCAUGCCUCGAUAAAGGGGGCGUGGCCGACACUGUGUGUCAGAAGGAAACAUGUCCUUCUUGUCCACAGGGUUAUAAAACUAUUGCCCGACUGGACCAAUGUUGCGGAGAUUGCCAGCCAAAUGGAUGCAUUAACAACGGAACUAUUUACAAGGACGGUGCUACAAUGGAGACGUCAAAGAAAUGCUACGACAAACUGUGCAUCUUCGACGCGGAACUCGACAUGUUCCUCGUGUCAGAGACCCACGUGCAAUGUCCUGCCUACGAACAGCUGGCCGAUUGCAAGGCGAACGAGGAAACCUACGACGCCACAGGCUGUUGCAUGAAAUGUCUACCUGAACGUAACGUCACAAGCCAUUCAUGUCAGACAUGCGCUCCACGGCUCGUUGUUGGAAACCCCAACGAUACGAUUGGCUACUUCACGAUUAUGGACAACAUGGAAGUUUGCAAAAACGUUGAACCUAUUCCCGACUUGCUCGAAUGUUCAGGGUUCUGCAAUUCGCGCUCUUCCUAUAGUCACGUGAUGCAGGGAUUCACCGAUAGUUGCAAUUGUUGUCAGGCAACCGGAAGUGAAACAAGGAACGUGCAGCUUACGUGCAAGAAUGGGAGAAAAAUCACCAAGUCAUACUCUGUGCCUAAAUCGUGUGGCUGCAGUGCAUGUUCUGGCGCGAAAUAAGCUCGGGCAAAAGACACUAACUUGCACUUUACUUGACAAUGUGUUAACACUGAACGGACUUCCAAAAUGGACUUGAUCGACUUUACAAGUGUAUAUUUUAUUUAUAAAUUUCCAUAUCAUAAUGAAAUAGCUUUUAGCGUAAGUAAACGUUUGUUAUACAUCUUGAGAGUAAUUUCUUGUUGUAGUUAUAUUUAAUUUACAAAGUAGGUACACAUUUGUGUUGACCUGACCAUUUUGUUGUGAUUUGGAAAUAAAGCAUAUCU